UGGAGAAAGGCUGGGAAUCAUUUUUUUUUCUUCUUCUUUUUCUUUCGCUCUCCCUGUCGGCGUUUAUAUACUGCAAUUGUCUGUCUGGUCCUGCUUGAUUCCCUUCUCCCCUUUCUCCGGGCUCCUCCGCUGCUCCACUUUCCCCGUCCCCUGACAAGGACUCACACAGAAGGCGUGUCCUCUCGGGGCGGUUGCUGCCGCUGCGGAAGGCAGCUUAAAGCUAUAAAAGAAGUGAUCGGGUGCCGGCUUGAGCUGCAUUUCCCGCCUCUGCUUUCCUCCGGAGGACUUGGAGCCGGUGCGAAUAGAGAGCAGCGGGUGCGCCGCCCGCGUGCCUGGGGGCGAAUUGAAGGACAGGGCACGGCAAAGCCAUAGAGGGCGCUAGGCAAGCCUCAAUGCGUGGUCUAGCUGCCUUUGCAACAUGCUGGAACUACAGAGCAGCUAAAAGGACUUUGCACACCACUGUCGGAGCUGGAUUGCAGCGCUCUCUUUCCUUAUGAAGAAGACACAAACUUGGAUUAUCACUUGCUUUUAUCUUCAAUUGCUCCUACUUUAUCCUCUUAUUAAAGCCCAAAGCCCCUGUGGGAAUCCAGUGACAGAUGAUGUAAAUGAAAUUACAGUACUGGUUGGAAAUCUUCCACAUGAUUAUAUGAUAGCUCUUAGAUAUGUCCAGAAGACGGACACACUGCCUUACCACUGUUGGUUGCAUUUGAUGGUCCCUGAAUUGUUAAACAGUCUAAAUAAUCUUCUCAAUAAAUUUAAAGAAUUUCCAGAUAUGUCAAAUGUCUUGAGUAAUUAUUCGAUUAUCAAUAAACUAAGGAGGAUCAUCAAUGAUGUGAUGGCAUGCUUACCUUCUACCACAUAUAAUAAGAAUUAUAGCCAACAUGAUCAUCUAUAUGAAGAAGGUAAAUUUGUUCCAGAAGAGUUCUUCAAGCACUUUUACAGCAUUAUUGAGGCCUACAAAAUCUUUUCAAAAAGACCAGAACAAAGUGACUGCAUUCUUCCCUCAACAACAGAAGCCUCUCCAAAUGAUUCAAGCACUAGUGUCACAGAGCCAUUUUUAUUACAUCCUGUUGCGGCCAGUUCCCUUAGGAAUGAUAGCAGUAACAAUAACAGCAACAAAGCGGAAUUGGACUUCCUCAGUAAGUCUAGCAAUCAAGUAUUGAGCAUAGCACUUUCAUCAUUGUUGGCUUUUGUCUUCGGCUUGGUUUUGGGAGCCAUAUGCUGGAAGAAAAGGACCUGCAGGCAUAUGCUACAAAUUCACCAGACAACACAAUCUAACAUCAACCAAGAUGAUAAUGAGAUAAGUAUGUUGCAGCACAAAGACAAAUCGCUUCUACAAGUGUAGCUGUUUCUUUUUUAUAUAUACACUGUUACUGCUUCACGUCUAGGCAACUAACAGUUCUAAGUUUGCUUCAUAAAUGAAGCAGCUUUAAGCAUAUUUGUAUUCCUUUUGGAGUGACAGACUGAGUCUGCAUCUGUUGCUGUUGCCUGUGACUCCAUAUUCACAAUAUAGAGCUGUGGAUGAAAGCUGUGUUACUGUGAAAUCAACGUGGAAUUCAACAUCACUAGAGAAAAGAGUCUACAGCAAAAAGGAUUACCACUUUUAAUGCAGAGCAAAGUGUAUCUUUGCACCUUGGAUCUGCAGUGGAUUUUAGCAAAUGCAGUAAGAAGAUUUAUGUGAUCCAAAAUAUAAGGAAGUUCGUAUUGGAUACACAAAUGGAGACUAUGAAUAGAAGAAAUAUGCGGAAAUGGACAAAAAUAGGAAACUUCAGAAAUUAUGUCUUGCAAAUAAGUUUAUGCAAUGGACUAAUGUGUUAGUUUUCUUUCAUCAAUGGAACUGGGCUAAUAGUGAUGGAAAGUUUCAUUUAAAAUCAGAUACAGUAAUUUUGAAAGAUAUAAGUGGAGUUUAAUUUUGUGUCAAAAUUUUUUAUAGAGUUUGACAAUGUUGUGACUGUCUGUUCAGUAGAAGUGAUCUAAAUGCAAAUAUUCUAGGUUGGCCCAUUGAUGGUUGCAAGGAAGAUUACCAGUUAUGUUCCAGUACAUGAGGGUGGGGGGCAGAAUAUAAAUUGUUAUCUGGGAUAACUAUCAUGAAACUGAAUCAAAGUACGUAAACUAUUCUUGAUACUAACAGAAAUUAGGUCAUCUCAGAGAUAGUAAGUUUACUUUAACUUUUUAUAUAUGUCCUUGAAUAUUUUGAAAUAAAUUUUAAAAGCAGCACCCAUUUUAUCAUUUUGAAUUCUCCAUCAAUUAUUAUUCCUUCAGCUCAAGUGGAAAGAAUUAUUUGUCUAAGUAUUUCUCAACCUUUUGAUAAUUGUAACAAAACUGUGGACAACAAUUGCCAGGUGAAAAAUUACCAGUCAUGAACUUCAAUGGAACACUAAAAACAUUGAAACCUGUAUAUAAUGUUAAGUUAUUUUUUUCCUGAAAAUGGAUUUGAAGAAUUUUAUUUUCUAUGAAAUAGUUGGAUUGCUGUACAUUCCAAACUACUAAUCCAAUAAUAAGUUUAAACUAUUGUAAGUUUAAUUAAACUAUUGUUAAAUUUUCCUUUAUGGUGCAUUGAUAAAAAAAACUGUGCUUAAUAAAUGCUUUAUUUAAACUUUCACAUUUUUAGAUUUAUUUAUUUUCAUAUCUGUCACAGUCUCUUAGAAAGCUAUGUAACAUAUUUAGGAUUGACUAAAAUAACCUAAAUCUGGAUUCCUAAUUUUGGCUAAUCUUGAAACAAAUGCAUAUGGCCUGUAUCAAUAGGCUCUACUAAGGAGAAAGGACAAAUUAUUUGUAAACUAAGGUACAGAGCGGUUCUAUUUAUUAAGCAGCUUUCACACUGCCAAUUCUCACAGUACUAGGCAGAGUGUUUAAUACUGAAUCUAAAAGUAUAAUUCUGCAUAUAAACAAUACUAUAUCAUAGUCAAAUCAAAAUCUUUAUAAAGUUUCAGAUAUGUUUUUCCAUAAGUCAUUAUGGAAUAUUAUUGCAUAGAAACAGCCUUGGAAACUGAGUGGCAUAGAAAUAUGUGUAAUAAAUAAGUAAAUGGACAAAUUCUCUGCCAGUACUUUGCAUAACAUCUCAGGAUUGUGGCUUGGUUAGCCAAAUAUUUCCAUUAGCUUUUUGGUAUUAUUGAGCAAAACAAGGCCACCUGCAGAAAUUCUUUCAUUGCUGCAUUACUAAGAAAAGAUAUUCUCCUUAUGAAUGUCAUAUAGAGUGCAUAUGAUGAUGCUAAUUUUUAUGUGGAAUGCAAAAGAGGUAAUUAGUAAUAGCCUAAUGAUACCUAUUUCAAUCUGUUUGUUUUGAUUCAUUGUUAAUACAAAUAUAUCAAACUUGUCUAUUAUUUUCUCAGUAUCAAACUCUUCAGAUAAUGCAUUAUAUAAUUGUUAAAUAAAAAUACUUUUCAUACAUA